ACAGGGGUUCUCCUCAAGGUAACUUUUCUUCGAGGGUCGGUUAUGGGUGCAGUCGGCGAGCUGGUGGGCAGCUUCUCUCACGGCUUGGAGAGCUUUGCGCACGGGUCUCAUUUUGUCCUCACGCCCCCCGGGGACUCCGGUGCUCUGAUGAACGAGCACCUCGUCUCCGCCGAGCGCCUGUCACGCAGCACUUCACCGGACCUGACGCAUCUGAAAGGGAUCCUCCGCCGGCGGCAGCUCUACUGCAGGACCGGCUACCACCUCGAGAUAUUACCGGACGGUUCUGUGCAAGGCACGAGAAAAGACCACAGCAGAUUUGGUAUAUUGGAAUUCAUUAGCCUCGCUGUGGGGAUGGUGAGCAUCCGUGGUGUGGAUAGCGGAUUGUAUCUGGGAAUGAACAGCAAGGGCGAACUGUAUGGAUCUGAAAAGCUGACAGCGGAGUGUGUGUUCAGGGAGCAGUUUGAGGAGAACUGGUACAACACUUACUCUUCUAACCUGUAUCGGCAUGGCGAGCGAGGAUCCCAUUAUUACGUAGCCCUCAACAAGGAUGGGACGUCUCGAGAUGGAGCUCGCUCUCGGAGGCACCAGCGCUUCACGCAUUUCUUGCCGCGGCCUGUGGAUCCAGAGCGGGUUCCUGAGCUUUACAAGGAGAUACUAGGUCACAGCUGAAACCACUGAACCUUAAAC